AUGGCCGCACGCAAGCAGGUCAACCUUGAGAUUACCUCAGACUCUAUCUGUCCCUUCUGCUUCGUUGGCAAGCGCCGCAUCGACGAAGCUAUCCGGCGCGUCAAGGCGGAGGGCCUUCCUCUCGACUUCAGCAUGCGAUUCGCGCCCUUCCUCCUCGACCCUACACUGCCCAACUCGCCCGGCGAAGCCAAGCGCGAACGAUACAUCCGCCGUUUCGGUGGCCCCGAGCGGGUCAAAGCCAUGGAGGAAGCAAUGAUUGAGCGCGGCAAGGGCUGCGACCCGCCUAUCCAUUUCUCGUAUGGAGGCGUCGUCUCGCAGACGACCGACUCCCACCGCUUGAUUGAGAAGGCGUACGAGUUGAAGGGCGAGGAGGGUCAGUUGAGGCUUGUCGAGCGGCUCUUCAAGACCUACUUCGAAGAAGAAGGCGACCCAGGCUCGCACGACCUCCUUGCGCGCGACGCCGAGACCGCCUCCAUCAUGUCGAAAUCCGAUGCGCUCGCGUUCCUCGCCUCGGACGAGUUGAAGGAGAAGGUCGCUGCGGGCAUCGAGAAGGCGCAGCGGAGGGGGAUCACGGGCGUCCCGUUCACGAUCAUCGACGACAAGUUUGGAAUCUCGGGAGCGCAGGAGGUCGAUGCGUUCGUCGAGGUGUUCAAGCAGAUUGCGGACGGGCGGCUGGAGUAG